UGGGAGGGUUAGGGGAAAAAAAAUGUUGUCACAUUCCUCCAGAUUUCCAUAAAAGCAAAAGGAUGACAGAGAGAUCUGAAGGCAGAAUCAGGCUGUGCAGGAAGCUACAGUAAAGAUGAGGAGCACCUCUUACUCCAAGCAGACCAUGUCCACCAGCUCGGCUUGCAGGAGUGGGCUGAGGCUGCAUAGCCACUCACCCUCCCGUUCCAUGGAUACCCGUGGGCGGGCUGGCUACCAGGGGCCAGCGAUCUCUAGCGGCCCCCUGCAAACCCGACCCAACGAGAAGCAAGAGAUGCAGCAGCUCAACAGCUUCUUCGCCGGCUACAUUGAGAAGGUGAGGAGCCUGGAGCAGCGGAACUCGAUGUUGAGGCUGCAGCUGGAGUCCCUACAGGGCAAGGCCAUGGGCGUGCAAGAUCUGGAGGAUGAGUUCCAACCCCGCUUCAAAGAGCUGAAGGAUCUGAUCGAGCGCCUGACCCACGAGAAAGGAGUGGCCGAGAUAGAGAAGGGCAACAUCCAGGAGGAGGUUGAACUCUGGACUCAGAAAUGGCAGGAAGAGCUGGAGCUCAAAGAUGAAGCCGAGAGGAUCCUGAGGGAAUUCCGGAAGGAUGUGGACGACGCCACCCUGCAGAAAGUCGAACUGGAGAGAAAGAUUGAGCAGCUGCUGGCGGAGAUCGCCUUCCUGAAGAAAGUGCAUGACGAGGAAGUGGCUGAACUGCUUAGGCAGAUCAAAGAGUCUAAGGUCUCUGUGGAGAUGGCCUCGGAACGCCCAGACCUCGCCGCUGCCCUGCGUUCCGUCCGGCAGCAGAUGGAAGAGAUCUCCGCCAAGAACCUCAAGGACGCCGAGGUGUGGUACAAGAACAAAUACGAUGCCAUGAAGCACAACGCCGUCAAGUAUGACAACCAGAUUGUUGACCUGAAGGAGGACAUCAACACCCAAAUCCAGGAGAUCCAAACCCUGCAGGAUGAAAUUGAGCGCUUGAGGAAUAGUAACCUGUACCUGGAGAACAAACUGGAGGAGAUGGAGGGCAAUCAUCUGGAGGCGGUGGCAAACCUUCAGGGCAUCAUCACCCAGCUGGAGUGCCAACUCCGAGAAACCAAAGCCGAGAUGUUGCGGUACUUGCAGGAUUAUCAGGAUCUGCUCAAUGUCAAACUGAAGCUGGACGCUGAGAUCGCUACCUAUAGGAAGCUACUGGAGGCAGAAGAGAUGAGGCUGGGGCUGUCUUCAGAGACAACUACAGAACAUGGCUCUUCUGUUACAAGAGAGAAAACUCAAUCGGUCAAACGUAAAGUGGAAACCCACACAUCUCGCAGCGUGACUGCGUGAGGAGUUUCAGGAACUAGGAAAUCAAUCACAGAACACACGUCAAAUGAAGCAAUAGCCCAUCCAGUGAUUAACUGUCACUUGAGCUGAAGUGAUCUUGAUUAGAUAAGUUACAUUUUAACAGUGAGUAAACAAACAAGUGCUAAAUUCUGUGGUCUGGUUCUAAAAUGUAUCAGCCUGAGCAUCAGAAAAAUGAACGCAACAGCAGUAAGUAAGGAGUACUGGUGGCUGAAUUAAUAAAGCUUAACAUGACAGCACAA